AUGUCCACUUCUGCAAACAAAUCAAAAGCAUUUGCCAAAUUCAAAAUUGUAUUUAUUGGCAAUCAAGCCGUUGGUAAGACAUCUAUCAUCGCCCGAUUUGUAUAUGAACAAAUUCCUGAAUAGCAUCAACCUACGAUUGGAAUCGACUUUCUUUCUAAAUGCAUUUAAGUUGACAAUAAAACAGUGAGAUUAUAAUUAUGGGAUACUGCGGGAUAGGAACGAUUUAGAUCAUUAAUUCCAUCUUAUAUAAGAGAUUCGCAUGCAGCUGUCCUAUGCUAUGAUGUUUCAAAUGCCUAGUCAUUUGCAGACAUUAAAGCAUGGCUUGAUUAUGUAAGAGAAGAAAGAGGUUCUGACGUAGUGGGAGUGCUUAUUGCUAAUAAAAUAGACAUCAAAGAUAGAGUUGUAACAACACAAGAAGGAGAGAAGCUUGCAUAAGAAUAAGAUUUACUUUACUACGAAGUCUCAGCCAAGGAGGGAACCAAUGUCUAAUAAACCUUUAAAAAUCUUGCCUUGAAACUCUUAGGUCCCAUUCAAGAUGUUGAAUAACCAACUACAGAAAUUGAAUAAUCAACCAAUAAUAAUAAUAACAUAUAAAUAAAACCAUAAGACAAGCAAACCCCAUAAUCAGAUUAAUAGAAAUGUUAAUGUUGA